AUGGACUAUAGAGCUGUAUUUCUCCAGCGGAAAGCCCUGCGCUUCGUUGUAUCUGCGUUUAUCAUCUUAUCGUUCAUUUCUUUCCUGCUCGUUCCUAGACAUGCUCGAGAAACUACAUUACAUCUGUCGCCCACUCCUGCUGCGGAAGAUGUGGGGGACAAAGAAGUCGUGAUGCCACCCCCGCCUUCAGAUUACGUCGCUAGCCCCCGAGAAGCCCCCCUUUGCGCGAAUUUAUUUGGCAUGGCCUAUCUGGAAAAUACGCGUGGUGUAGCAGCCGAAUAUUGUGCUCCGCAAUCCCCUUCUACCUUAACGUGUUUCCACAACCAGGCCUCUGGCUCGCGCGUUGAUACGUUCUGUUUAGCACAGGGUGCUAGUUACAAUGCUAGUCGCCAAAAGUUCGCUUUGGAUUGUGAACUUCAACAACCCUCGAAGCCAGAUUCCCCGUUCGACAUUCCUCAAUACGGUCGGUUUGAGAACUAUUGGUAUAACACUGGCCCGAACGUAGUUUUCAACAACCUGAUCGAUCUACAGAACGACUUGAGUACUAGCACUGGGACACCACUUGGGAGUGCGAACUUCACAAUACUAGUCAACCGUGAAGGUGCAACGAAUCCCUGGCACACGCUUAUGGAGAUCUUCUCCAUGACUAUGACAAUCGAUGUUCUGCAGAUGAGUCGUGAUGCCGAUAGUGAAAGACCCCUCUUUACAGCUGCUGAUAUCGACAAUACCCAAGUACUGAUUAUGGACAACCACGAAAAUGGACCGUUUUUUGAUCUGUGGUCGCUUUUUGCAAAGAGACCAGCGCUACGCCUACAUGAUUUGAGCCUGGAUUUAUCAAUUGAACCGCAAAACUUAAUCAUUCCUCUUGCCGGUGGUAGCAAUCCAUUAUGGCAAGGUGAUUGGGAACCACAUUCCUGCAAGGAUUCACCUUUGUUACGUACCUUUUCCAACCGAGUCUUGGAUUUCUAUGGGCUCAAAGAGCGCGUGCCCGAAGGCCCAGAAAUUGUCGUGACGUUUAUCAAUCGUACUGGCUCACGGAGACUUACGCAUAGCGAAGAGUACCUCCAGGCCGUUGAAGCGAACAUACCCCAUACAAGACUUCAAUCCUUUGAUUUCGCGACGAUGUCCCUCGAGCGGCAGUUAGACAUAGUCCGAGGGACGGACGUUCUUGUUGGAGUACAUGGGGCUGGACUAACCCAUGGGAUCUUCCUGUCACAGGGCUCAUCUAUGGUUGAGAUUCUGCCGGCAGGGUUGAAUCAUAAAGGUUUUCGUAAUAUGGCUUCCUUAAUGGGGCAUUCUUACUUCAGCACCCACGCUGCUCGUGCAAGCAAUAAUGACUGGCAUAAUGAAGAUGUCUUUCUGGAAAAUGACAGGUUCAUGGAUAUAAUGAAUAUUGCCAUCAAGGCGGUAUACAACAAGGGAGGAAAAAAUUUUGAUGCUGUCUGA